CAGACAGCUCCUUUUUUCAGGAUUUCGUCGCCGGCGCCGCCGCCUCCGUCGCCGUUGCCGUCGCCGUCGCUCGUAUCCGAGCUUGAGAAGAUCAAAACGGCGAUUCCAAAGGAGGAGAGAUAUAAACUCGGAUGACAUUUGCUUCUUAUUUACUGACGGAAUAGUGAAAAGAUGGAUGAACUAAUGGAGGAUUCCGGCGAGCUUAUUUUCACGGCGAUCGAGAUUGACCUGGAUUACGAGUUUGACGCCGCUCGAUAUUUCGAUUUCACUAAGAUUUCGGAAGAAACAUUUCAUUCUGACAUUUGGUUUGAAUCUGCUGGAAGCUAUUCUCCUUCACCUUUUGUGACAAAGUUAAUUCUGAGAGAGGACAAUCUUCUUCAACAAAUGGAUAUUCCUCCAAGAUCUAAUGGAGAUGAGAACAUGAGUUUGGAAGGAAAUCAAUCUAAUGAGCCUGAGAUCAAAGAUUGUAGAGUUAUGAAGGGAGAAAUUUUAAACAAUUUGAAAGGUGUCAAGCUCCAACAUUUGCCCACAAGUAAUAUCAUUGAUUCUUGGAUAUUUCUAUGA